AUGGCGGAUGAACUUGACUACCUCUAUCCAGACUUUGAUCUGGGCUCUCUCACCGUCCCUCGUCUCCGCUCUAUCCUCGUCAGCCACGAUAUCCCAUACCCGGCCUCUGCAAAGAAGAGUCAACUGAUCACCAUCCUCCAAGAUGAGGUUCUCCCGCAAGCCCGGAAGCUCUUGCGCGAGCGCGACACAGUUCGACGAACCAGCGCUGGAAUCACAGAUAUGAGUAGCCGGUCGACAUCGGUGGAUAGCGACGCGAAUGACAGAGAGUCAAGGCCUCCGCCGGCGACACCCUCCACAGUCGGGUCUACAACUAGGGGCCAAAGAGGCACAUCCCGGCGCAGCACCCGUCACUCUACGGCAGAUGCCGAUGACGGUUUCGCUAUGAACACACCUGUCAGGACCACAAAGCGCACUAGCGUCGCUCGCUCUGUGGGUAAACACUCUCGCACCUCUGAUGCAGAGACAGGCGACGACACGCUUGCCACUCCAGUGGCCGCUGUCCGUCCCACUCCACGCAAAUCCACAGCGAAGAAGGUUCGACGAAGUGAGCUUAUUCCCUCAACGGAGGUGGACGAAUCUACACCCGUCAAGUCGGAGUCUCGCGACGAGAGCAUGUUUACAGAUGACAAUCCUUUCCAGAGUGGAAGUCCUGAGGCGCCUAAAAGCACACGAACGAGCUAUGACGGCAAGCGAAGUAGUAUGUCACGCCUGUCUACCGAGAGCCCGGCUCGAGGCCGUGGACUCAGGUCGCGCAAAUCAGCAACACCAUCCAGCCUUCAACAAGAUGACGGGUAUCAACCUCCUCAGCGUGGAUCAUUUGAUUUCGCUUCCCGAUUAGAGCCUCCGCAGGAAGAACCUGAGGAGGAGACAGAAGAGUCCGACGAAGAUGCCGAAAGCGAAGUUGCUGCGGGUGAAGAAUUCACACCCGAGGAGCAGCUGGCUAUGUCUAUGGAAAGUGAUCAGCGUACGCCACGCGUGCAAACUCGACGACGGUCCCAGAAGCAGGGGACUGUGAGCCGCUUGGCUCCCUGGGUCGUGAUUCUUUCGCUAGCCGGCAGCUUCGGUACCUGGUGGCGCAAAGAAAAGAUCGAGAUUGGAUACUGCGGCUUGGGGAAGCCCACCUGGUCGUUGGCAGAGACCAAGGUCCCUGAAUGGGCCAACGUUUUAGAGCCUCGGUGUGAGCCUUGCCCAAGCCAUGCCUUCUGCUAUCCAGAAUUUGAGGUCCGCUGUGAGAAUGAUUUCCUUCUGAAACCCCACCCUCUUGCGCUUGGGGGCCUGGUUCCGUUGCCGCCCACAUGCGAACCCGAUAGUGAAAAGGCGCGCCGCGUGAAGGCUGUCGCCGACAAGGCUGUGGAGGAGCUUCGUGAGCGCCGGGCAAAAUGGGAAUGUGGUCAACUGAAGGAAGAUGGCAAGGGCGCCAAAUCUCCCGACAUCAGCGAGCUUGACUUGAAGGAAGAGGUAGCCAAGAAGCGCCGCAAGGGCUUGAGUGACAUCGAGUUUGACGAGCUGUGGAAGGGUGCCAUUGGCGAUAUCCUUGGCAAAGAUGAAGUUAUAAGCAAAACCGAGAAAAAUUCCGCCAUCCUCAUCCUCUCCUCUACCUCCAUUGCACGGCUCCCACUCGCAUGCGCCGUCCGCCGCCACUUCCGACUCGCUCUCCUCGCGUAUCGACUCCCUAUUUCACUUUUAAUCUUGGCCUUCGGUCUCCUUGUGUAUGCUCGUUCGCGUGUCCUCGCCCGUCGCUCCGACAUCGCUCGUGUGCCUGAGUUAGUGGCUACAACCCUUGACCGACUAUCCACGCAAGCUGCACUGUACGCCCGCGGCGCCGCCAAAGAACCCUAUGUAGCCAUUGGCCAGCUGCGCGAUGAUGUCCUCCGCUUUGAACUGCAAGGCAAGCGUCGCGAGGAGCUCUGGCGUCGAGUUCGUAACUUUGUCGAGGGCAACGCUAACGUCCGUGCCUCUGUCCGGGAAGGACGUAGUGGGGAUGUUUCUCGAGUCUGGGAGUGGAUCGGUGGGAUCAAUGCCGUCGGCGAAGCGGAGUAUCCUGGCCGUCGCGAAAGUGGACACUUCUCCAUCGGUUCUCCGUCUGCCAAUGUUGCAACGAGUCCUGAGACGCCUGCGGGACAGGGCCAGCCAGAGCCCGUUUCGAGCCCAAGAGAAGCUCGCCGUUGGGACGAGGGUCGUCCAAUCUACUGA